ACUGCACUGACUUCUGCCAUGGGGACAUCUCCAGCAGUAUUGUUCCUUGUGACAGCAUUAUUUCUUUGGCUAUCAAUACCAGUGCCUGGAGAAUGCAAGGUAUAUUAUGCAUGCGGAGCUGUCCUGGACUCUACUGAAAAUGGACUUAUCCUGUCACCGGGCUUCCCCAAUAACUACCUCUCUGGAUUUCAUUGUGUAUGGCAAUUUUUUAUUCCAGCAGGAUCUCGCUUGCAGAUUGAAACUCUGGAUUUUGAUGUUUUUGAGAGUCCAAGUGAUAAAGAAGAUCAGCUUAGUUCUAUGUCUUCAGACAUCACCAGUGUUACUGCUUAUAAGAAAGUAGAUAUGGAUGCUGUUCGCACAGAAUCAUCUUUGCCAUUCAGCUCUGACAGUGUAACCAUUCAUACUACUACAGAACCUUUUGGUUACCCAAGUGAGGUCAACAGGCAAGUCAUUGUCUCAAGAAAGAGCAGGGAUAAAAAUGAUAAGGGAGAGGAGCCAUUAUUAAUCUUGCAAGGUUUCUCAGCAGAAAAAAAUAUUCUUAAUCAAGGAACAACUCGGAAAGAAACGUUUCCUAUAGCAUCAAAGAGUGAUGAUAACCUUUUAAAAGAUUCCAACAAAUCUGUGUAUCCGUUGACAGGAGGAACUUUGGAAAACAAUGAAGGUGUAACCUCAUCCUCCCCAAUAAUGGAUAUUGGCACUGUCCCCUAUACUCCCCAACCUCAGCUGGUUGAUGUGUGCCCCGAUGAUGUACUGUACAUCUCCGACCUUACUAGGUUCUCAAUGCGUUUCUGCGGAUCCAAUUCUCCACUUAAUAAAAUGCUGGCCUUUGGAUCUCCAGUGGAGAUGACGGAGGUAAUUAUGGAGCUAAUAACAACUACUAACCAUGGCAGAGGCUUUGCAAUGCUCUUCAGCUACCAGAAUCAGACAGCAGUGACUGCUAUGGGCGUCCACGAAAGUAAGGGCAAAGAAGAUAUAAUGCUUCUAGCUGUGAUGUCUGCCACCAUUUCAUUUGCUUUGGUUCUGCUGUUGGUGUUUUGCCUGUCUUACCGGUAA